ACUAGCCUAUAUGAACGCCCAAAAUUGUGUGUUCCUUUCUGCUCUGACAAUGGCAUGCCCAUUCUUGCGAGAUGUGGUGGAUGAAGAAGCACUUGUGCUGAGGAGAGCCUUCAGGUUUUCUGCAGAUGGCAUCAGGUAUCUAUGCAGACUACUGGGUCCCGGGAUUAAGCACCGCACUGCACGGAGCCAUGCACUGAGUGUGGAGCAAAUGGUUUGUGUGGCCUUGCGCUUUUUUGCUAGUGGAGCCUUCCUGUACUCAGUGGGGGAUGCAGAACAGCUGAACAAGGCCACAAUUUGCCGCACAAUAAGGAGUGUGUGUCUGGCUAUCAAAGCAUUAGCAGAUGUCUUCAUCUCCUUCCCUGGCCACAGAAGACUCUGUGACAUCAAAGAGGAGUUCUAUAGGAUUGCAGGUUUCCCCAAUGUCAUUGGUGCAGUGGACUGCACACACAUAAGGAUAAAAGCCCCCUCAGGUGCCCAUGAGGCCGAUUUUGUGAAUAGGAAAUCCUUUCACAGCAUUAAUGUUCAGAUGGUCUGCAAAGCUGACUGUGUGAUCAGCAAUGUUGUGGCAAAAUGGCCUGGCUCAGUCCAUGACUCCAGAAUCUUUCGGGCCUCUGAAAUCUAUCAGUGCCUAUCACAAGGUGAAUUCUCUGGUGUGUUGCUGGGAGACAGGGGGUAUGGCUGCCAGCCUUUUCUCCUGACACCUUUCACAGACCCCCAGGAAGCACAGCAGGCCUACAACCAUGCCCAUGCCAGGACCAGGGCCAGAGUUGAAAUGACCUUUGGCCUCCUGAAGGCACGCUUUCACUGCCUUCACAAAUUAAGGGUCAGCCCUGUUAGGGCAUGUGAUAUUACUGUGGCUUGUGCUGUCCUCCACAAUGUGGCCUGCCUGAGGAAGGAGAGGGCCCCCAGAGUGCCACCAGCCAUGGACUGGGACGAUCCGGCAAUCUUCCCUGAUGACGACAGUGGUCGGCUGCUGAGGGACCAACAUGUGUUGAAUUAUUUUAGUUAGUAUGUGUGCUUUCAAUUUUGGUUAAAUAUGUCCUGCGGUGGCAGAGGAAUUUGGGUUUUUUGGGGUUCGUUUUUUUACGAAUUUGGCCUCUUAUGAUGUUUGUGCAGUAUACUGUGUGU